AUGUGGCGCUCGCUGUGGCAGGCACGGGCCGUGCGCAUGGUCGCCGUGGGUGCGCGUAUGCCCACAAGGGCGAUGCAUGUUUCUAUGACGCGCUUUGACGCACCGCGGGCGGAGCCGAUGCCCUCUGCGCAAAAGGUCGAAAAGACCAUGCAGCGCUUCUGGAAGGAUGUGCAAAUCGCCUUCGAGGAGCCUGCAGACGACGACGAGCACUUUGUAGUGCAGUUGGACAAGCGUUCUCUGCGCACUCCUGGUGGUAACAAGCUGACGGUCCCGUCUGACCGCCCGCUCCUCGCGUGCCUCAUUGCGCAGGAAUGGGAUGAGCAGACCCAGGUAGUCAAGCCGCAUUCACUGCCGCUUACGUCGCUCGUGUCGCGCGCCAUCGACGGCCUUUCAGAAGAUCGCACUAGAAAAGAUGUCGAGGAGUUCUUAAUGCGCUACUUUGACACGGACGCUGUGUGCUUCCACCAGGACCAGCCGGCCGCCCUCGUUAAGCUGCAGAAGGAGCGGUGGGUGCCGCUGAUCGACUGGGCGCGGCGGUAUCUGCAGAUUCCCAUCAACAUUGCGCAGGGCACACUUACGCACAAGCAGCCUGACGAGGCCAAGGCCAAGCUGACCCGCCUACUCGCCGGCCUGCCGCCGCUCGAUCUUGCUGCGCUGGAGCGGGCGGUGAUGACCAGUAAGUCGAUGAUCAUUGGUCUGGCACUCGUGCAUCGCCACAUUGAGGCAGAGCAGGCCGCGCUUGCGGCCGAGGUCGAGACGGCUGCACAGGCCUCGACGUGGGGUGCUAUUGACGACUCGCACGAUGUUGAUCACGCUGAGCUGCGUCGCCAGCUCGCGAGCUGCGCAUGUGCGCAGGUCUCGACAGAGUCGGGCCUCGUCGAGAAGUUCGUGACGGUGCUCCGACAGCGCGGAGGGGCGUUCCGUACGUAG